UUUACAAACAACGUCUUCAUUUAUCGCGUCGAUGGCUUGCCAAUCGGUUUUGAUAGUUGCUGGGCGUAUUGACCGAGACUCGAAUCAGGAGAAGUUGUCGAAGCUUCUUUACGAUGGCUUACUGGCUGCAUUUGGUGAGGAUCUGGACAAGUUAGAUGCACAAUUUUUAAAUUGUUUAACCAAGCCUGUGAAUGCAAUUGAUAGUAAAGAAUAUGGCUCAACAUUGGAGUAUGUUCUUCGUGAAAAUAUUUCCAUCCGUGUAUUAUUUAAUCCAACAUCAGAUCAAUUACGUUUUGGUUUGCAAGAAGCACUUAGUCAUGUGAUUGUCAAUAAUAAUUCAGUUGUUGAAUACCCAGUGACUCCAUCAACAUUGGGUAAAGUUUGUAUGGUGUAUAAUGGUCAACUACAUGGUUUUACUGGUGAUUGGCUAUUACAAGAUUCAUCUUUCAGUGGAAACAAUUUAUUAUUAUGGCUUAAUAGUGAAGAAGCUAUGAGUUGGUGGCCUUAUUUAAAGAAAUUUUCAAAUUUUGGUGACCAAAUUAAAUUACACAUUAUCACACCGAUUGCUGGUACUGGAACAUGUUGGCCAGUGGAUAAAUCUGGUCGUCCACAUACUGUACUUACACAAAUCAACACUCGUAUGGCUAAAAUUGACAUUCUUAUAGAAGCAAGUUGGCGUUUGAAUGGGAAGCCAUUAAAUAUUCAUGGAAAUUUAUCUGGUUUUGAAGGAUUACGAUCAUUUGUUGAUCAUAUCAUACAUCAACAUCCGAUUACUACAAUACAGUCUGAUUUAAAUAGUAUAUCAACUGGUACUGCAUUAAAUACUACACGUCCUGUAAUCUAUAUAUUCCCAGGACAUGGAAUAGCAUCACAAUCAUGUGCUUUAUUUGCUAUACAAGGUUUUACAGCACUUCUAGGUGGAAGUUAUACAUCACAAACGGUUCCAAAUUGGUGGUCAAUGGUGAAGCAUUUGCCAAAAUUAGAUGUUACACUUCUUCCUGAUUGGUGUCCAUCAAGUAUUUUGACAUAUCGAUUCAUGACGCAAUUAUUAAAAUCUGGACAGGAUUCAAUUGGUAUAUUAGGUGAAAUAUUAGUGCCACCUGGAAAUACCUCCUCUACAGAAGGAUUGUCCGAUAUAUCCACUGGUUUAAUAUUAACUCCACCUUCACUUAUAUCAGGUCCUCAUCAAGGAACUUGGGCUUCAUCGUCUAAUCCUUCAAAUGACACCAUUCCUUCUUCUGUAGUUCUUUAUUCAAAGUUGGGUUGGGGUGAAUUAAAACUACAACCUUUGUCACAUCGUUCUGGUCUUGUACUUAUAUGGGAAUCAGUUGUACACGAUUUUACUUCACAGCAACCUUUGUGCAUUGUAAUGCCAUCUGUAUUACCAACAAACACUAAUCCAGUUCAAAAUUUGACACGAUUCAUUAAAGGAUUAUGCCAAAUUCCACAACUUUCUGGUCCAACAUCAAAUCGUACUAUCAAAUCAGUUGUUAAACUUGGGACGAAACAAUUAGUUCGAGCUCAACCUGCACGUCCUUCUAAACCUACUUUACAUGCAACAGGACAGAAAGAGACAAUUACAUCAAAAACAGCUAACUCUACAAUGAAUGCUAAGCCAUCACCAACUAAGCCUAUUUCAUCAACUCCUAAUCAUAAUCAACGAACAGCGACUACUACUCCAUUAAAGACGCCAUCGUUAGCAGUAAAUCAAUUGAAAAAACCGAUUAAUGAGAAUACAACUAACUCUAAAUUAAUGAAUAAUUCCCAUGGAGUUGAUUCUCAUCAAAAACGUCCAUUGUCUUCAGUAGACACAAAGAAAACAUUUAGUGCAUCGAAACCACAUGUUGCAACUACGAAGCCUGUUAAUGGCGAGUCGAAAACAACUAAUCGGCCAUUGUCUGGGCCUAAAGCAACACCGCUAGCAAAACCGAAGACUACAACUACUACCAUGGCAGAACGUUUGACAGCACAUUCUAAUCUUGUUAACCAGCAUGGAUCAAAAGCUCCUCCUCGUAAAUCAGAGCCAACAACACAUUUGCCAAAUAAAUUACAAACAAAGAAGACUUCUAAUUUAACUGUGACAAGUAAUCGUCUACCAAGCGCUAAACCUGUUAAAGAAGAAUCAGAAACAGUUGAACAGACGACAGAAUUGGUUGAUUCCUCCUUACCUCCUGCUACACUUCAGAAUAUAUCACUUAAUAAUGAACUAACAUCAGUCGAUCCAAUGUUAAACAGUUUGAUGAAAUCAUCUAUACAUGAAAACUCAGAAAACCAUUUAGACAAUUUAUCACUUACAAAUCAGUUUGUCAUAACAGAUAAUAAACACAUCAUUUCAACAGGAACAUCAUUACAAAGGGAAAAAGAAGAAGAAGAACAAAGAGAAGUAGUAAAACAACCACAACAUGAAGUAGAAGAAAAAGAAGAAGAGUAUAAAGUACAUAAAGUAUUAAAAGAAAAUCAAAUGCUGGCAGAAGAAUCCGAUGAGCAAUUGACUAUUGACUUAGAAUGUGAAUUAAAACCAACUACACCAUUAUCGUGUGAUGACUCACUAGCCGAAGGUGAAGAAGUGGAGGAAGAGGUGGUGGAAGAAGAAGAAGAACAUGAUCACGAAGUGGUAGAGAAGGAAAUGAAUUCUUUUAAUCUAAAUCAGUAUGAACAAAAUCAAGUAACCGAGGAAGAAAUUGUAUCUUCAUUAGGAUUUCAUGAUAUGCAAUCUUACAAAACACCAUUUGAUACUCCAUUUGAUGUAGGUAUAACAGAAUCGUCAACAGUUUUUGAAACUGAUAGUAAUAAAUCUAUAGGUAAUAGUGUAGUAAUCGAACAACAUGAACCACAGCAUUUAGAACAAAAUGUAGAAGAUGAAUUAAACAGAAAUGUUGAUAUCGAAGAUAACCAAACCUAUGUGAAUCAUUUACAGGAAGAAUCCUUACCAUUCAUUGUCAACAAACAGUCGCUGGUCGAAAAUUCUCACGAUAUAAAUUAUUUGACAACAAUGCAAGAAACGGGACAAAAUGAUAAUAUUUUUGGGUCUGAAUUCAAUGUAAAUAAUGUUUUAAAAGAACAACAGGUUGUUGAACGCAACGAAGAAAAUUUCCAAGACGGAGGUGAACAGCGACAACCAGAGAAGGAAUUUAAUUUAGGCACUCAAGACUUAUCAUAUGAAAAAGAAGAUAUUAUUUGCCAUCGUUAUGACAACUCUAUGAGUGUUAUAGGGAAUGGUUUAUCUCCGUUGACCAAUAAAACAUUGAAGUUGGACGAACAAAUGUUCCCAUGCAAUGAUGAUGCUUUUGUAACUACACCAGGUGAAAUGGAUAAUUCCUUUGACAAGAUACAAAGUCAACGACCAAUAGAAGAAGGAUACUAUGAACAAAUUAAACAGUAUCCAGAUGAAGGUGAAACGAUACAAAUGGAAGGUAGAGAAAAGUUGCUAAAUUACUCAGUUGAUCAUUCACAAGAUGAACUAUCUUCAUUCCAUGCUGUAACAGAUAUUGAUGCUAAUAUAACUAGUGAUUUGAUGCCUGAUUUCACUGAUCCUCGAUUUAGUAACGUGACAGAACAACCUCACUUUAAAGAAGAAGAGAAAUCUGGAAACGAAGAUGAAUGUGAAAUACACUAUCAGCCACAACCAACCGAAGAAACGUAUGAUGAAAAUGUGCAGGAUGUACAAUAUGUCCAAAGAGAACAAAUCGCAGAACAUUUCAACGAUACUAUAAGUCAGCUACAGGAUCAACUGUCUCCAUCUGUUUUUGAGAAAGAGUUAGUUGAAGAACCUCAUGAAUUACUACAGUCCUCAAAUGACUUAGACACAGAACAAAAAGUAAUUGAAGAAGCUGAUGUGAACGAAACUGAGCCUAAAGUAAUCGAUUCAAAUAAAAUUGAAGGAGUAAACAUCAUCGGACCAUCUGAUUUUCUCACAGAAGUUAUUCCUCUAUCUGACGAGCAGAAUAAUGUGCAUGUCAAUCAACCUUAUAGUUAUGUGCCUGAAGAUUAUUCACUUCAAAAUGAUGAUGAUGAUAAUGAAGAUGAUAAAUUGACGAAAUUUUCACGAACUGAUGUAGUAAAAGCAAUGGAUAAUGAACCUGUUUACAAACAAACACACAUCAAUCUCAUCGCUGGUGAACAAACACACUUAACACAAACUGCAGCAGAUGAAGAAGAAGAAGAAGAAGAAGAAGAAGAAGAAGUUACUAAUCUUGAUAAUAUACAAUAUCAUGAUGAUGUUAUAGAUCAUUCUUCUCAACCAUAUAAUGUCCAAACUCAUGCACACCUAGAUGAAAAAAGUGAGGAAGGAAAAUUAAAUAAAUCAUUUACAGAACUAACGGCAAACUAUGAAGAGAACUACGUACCUAAUUCCACUGAAACUGAAUAUGAACAAAAACAUGAACAAUAUCUAUCAGAUCAAGAAACACAUAUUGAUAUGGAUCAUCUACAAUUGGAUCAUCAUAAACAAAUUGAAGAAACUCAUUCAGAUAUUGAUGAAAUGGAAAAAGAAUUUGUCAUACCAUAUCAACAAAAACAAAUCAAUACUGAAUGUGAUGAAUCCUCUUUAAGUCACAUAAAUAUUGAUUACAAUGUGAAUUAUGAUAUGACAACUGAUGACUACAAUAGAACAAUGAAUUCCCAUGAAAUUCACUCACAACAAAAUAUCGAAUCAGAGGUUGGAAAUGUUUCUCUAGAACAAGAUAUUGGAAAUGCUCAAGACGAUGAGAUGUUACCAGAUAAUUCAUUACUUAGUACAGCAACGACUUAUCCUAGUGAUCCCACUAAAUAUCAAGUUGAUUCAAGUACAGAUCAAAUAAUAAAUAAUAUUCAAACUCUAGAGGGAUUUCCAUACAAUAAUCAUUACCUGUCAGAUGAAACAAAUUUUACGAUUCAAAGAAAAGUCGAGACAAAUGAAAUUGACGAAGAAUCACAUCAAAAAGUAGAUUCGACAACCUACGAAGAAUCACAUAUCGUUAGUCAUGAUAUACAUAAUGAUAUUGAUAGUCCUAUUGAAAUCCACUCAAAUUCAUACCAAGAACUAAAUAACUCAUUACAUAUUGACACUGCAACAAAUGUUGAAGGUCAUCACCAACAGCAAUUUAUUAGUCCUGAUUCAGAAAUCUCAGAUAAUUCAACCGUACAAGUGCAGCAACACUAUGAAGAACGUGUACAGGAAUGUGAACAUCAACAAGACGAACAACAUUCUGAAGCUGAUUUAUUAAUUUAUAGUCCAAAUCGUUCAGUCUCACCAAAUUACAAUAUUGUCAGUUCAACACAACAACAUUCAAAUGAAGAAGAAGAAGAUAGAGAUUAUGUUGGGGAUGAUACUGUCGUGUAUCACAAUGAUGCGGUAACGAUGAGUAAAGAGUCAGACAUAGAUCGUCAUCAGGAUCAGCAUUAUCAACAAUUUGAUGUAGAUGAAAAACUACUUGAGAAUUCUACAAUAAAUGGAUUUUCAAACUAUUCUAACGCCGUCCACCAACAACAACAUCUGUAUUCAGAAAUCCCGACUGAUGACAGUGAAGAAACAAUGAUGCAAAGAAUGACGAUGAUGAUGUCAACAAAUGUUGAUGUAAAUAAUAACGAUAAUGAUGAAAUCACAGAUGAUACCACUACUACUAAAAGUGGUAAUAGUCACGUCAAUUUAGAGCAGCAGUAUUUCAACGGAAACACUAUUUAUCAAACAAAUGAUAAUGUAAACGAUAUCGAUCAUUCCAUACAUAUCACUCCAAUCACUAAUCACCAUCUUCAAGACAGUUAUAUUGCACAUACAAACGGAUUUAAUGUCUGUGCCAAUGGUAAUGAAUAUUCCAACUUGAAAACAAAUGAGAUCAAUGAGGAUGAGAAUCAAGAUGAAAUUUAUCAGAAUCAGUGGAAUAAGAGUAAUAAUCACUAUCUUUCAGAGACAGCAAUUGAUGAUAUGAACUUUUCAAAAGACUCAGAAAGUGAUUAUAUGAAAGCAGCACAUAUGACACAUUCUUGUCAUGAAGAAGAAGAUGAAGAACGUUCAUAUAUGAUCAUGACUACAACUCCACCACCAUCUGCUACAUCUACUACAGCCACUACUACAACUCCAUCGAAAGAUAUGGAAAACUUUGGGAAAUUUUUCAUCGACAAAGAUCAAUUUUUACAGGAUAUACGUCAGAAUACAUCAUCUCAUUGUAGUCCAACUGAAGAAAAAUUUGAUCCAUUGAAAGCUUGGGGUCAUCCACUGGGUCUACCAGCACCAGUUCCGCCAACUACAAAUCAUUCGAAAUGCAAGUUUAUGAUUAUGUUUUUUUUAUUUUUACAUCAACAAACGAAUUUAACUAAACGUGUACGAUCAGCUGAUACAAGCGGGAAGGCAUUAAAUACUGAUGAUUCAACUCUACCACCUGGACCACCAGUUUAUCUUGAUGCUAUUUGGGUUCCUAGUUAUCUUGUUCGUGUACCACAAUCUUUAAUUGUGGAGUUUUUCAUUCGCGUUCGAGCAAAAUUAUACAUUUUAUCCGGUGAAGCAUUACAUCCUAAUAUCGCUGAAGCAUUAAUUACAGCUAAAACAAAGUGGAAUCCAGAUGAUGUUUCAUAUCUCUGUCGUUGUGACGCUAAUUCACCUGAUGCCUCUAUAACGAUACUCCCAACAGAUGAACCAAAAGAAUGGAUACGUUGGUUAGAAACACCAUGUGGUCGAUUAGACGAACAGAAAGGCUCUGAUCGUUUAAAGGCAAAUCAUUUUCAUCUGUUACCUGCAGCUAAUCUAUGCAGUACUCAAUUUAAUGCUGGUGAUACGAUAUUUGAGUGUGAAGGAUUACGUGUUGAACUUUGA